AUGAGAGGGUAUCAUGCAUUCACAGGUUGUGACACCGUUUCUGCGUUCUACUCAAAAGGGAAAACACUGACCUGGAAAGCAUGGCAGCAGUGUAUUGAUGCCACAUCAGCUUUUAAAGCCCUUUCUAAUCCGUUAAAUGAACUGACAGAUGAUAUACUGAUUAGCUUGGAAAAGUUCGUCAUCAAGCUUUACUGUGGUGACAGUGAAAUAGUUUCGGUGAAUGAAGCUCGCAAGUUUUUGUUCACAAAAAUAAGGCUUUACAGAAUAUCCCCCCUACAAGAGAUGCCCUUAAAAUUCAUGCACUUAGAACAGCCUACCAAGCAGGUUAAUAUAUGGGGACAAGCUUUUGAUUCCUCACCCGAUAUUCUCUCCCCAUCAAACUGGGGAUGGACUGAAAAGGAAGGACAAUGGCAGCCAAUAUGGACAACCCAGCACAGUAUCUGGGUUGUUGCGCGAGAGCUGGUAAAAUGUGGAUGUAAGAACAGCUGUAGAGGCCGUUGUUCUUGUAGACGAGAAGGAAUGACAUGCACACUCCUAUGCAAGACCUGUAAUGGCAACUGCGAUAAUUCUAGUGUAAUAGACCGCGAAGCACUCAUCGAAGACGAUAUAGAACUGGAUUCAGAGGUAUUGGUGGACGAGGGAUUCCUAUCCCUCAUCAUACAACCUUUUUGA